AUGUCUCAACCAGUCCGUUCUCGGGAUCGCAAUGCCCCUUGGUACUCAAUCCCUGCUCGAGAGAUUGUCAGCGUCGAACACCCAUGCUUCGUGAAGAAUAUAGACAAAGCCAUUGAAACCCUCGACGGGAAGAGUGGAAUAUCAAGGGCAAGCAAGCCGAACUCCUACACCCUCAACAACCCCCAUAUCCCCAUUAUAAAUCCCCCUCGUCAGGAUGCUUCUGCCAACUUAUUCCUAUCUCCGGAGGAUGGCAUGAGUAGACCCUUGUCCUCAACUUGCAACUCGGCAAACAAUGUCUUGCUGAAGAUUACCCUCCCCAGGAGGACUGGCCGGAAACGAAAACGUGGUUCAAAUGAACCCUUCACCGCCACGAUAAUGCUUCUAUGUCUCCUACCGCCGGGGGGGUUGAUAAACCUUCUAGUUCUGCACCCCCUUCCCGGGCCCUAA